GCCUCUGAAUCCUCAAGUGCCUGUCCUGCAAAGAUUGGCACUUCAAAUUGUGUUCAGGGUGGGGAUGGGGAGGUGGUGAGCCUGGUGAAUCCCGCAUGGUAGAACCAACAUUUACCAAAGGCAGUUUGCUCUGAGCCCUACCCAGCACCAGGUGCUAAAAGGCAGCAAAGCAUGGUGAGAGAUGGCUUCUGAAAUAGGUUCCGCAUUUGGGGAUUUGGGUUCCUCUGACAGCCUAAGGCAGAGCUGUCCUUAACUGCUGGGAGAACCUGGAACAAGAAAACUGCUGUCAGUCGCCGGGGGGACUCUACAGCACCGUGGCCACAUCCUGGCUUGGGCCCCUAGCCUAUUCUAGCCAGUCAGCACAGGGAGUUGGGGUUGUGCUGGAGGAGCUGGCUGUGUGCAGGCGGCCGAGUGAGCUGCCUGCUAAUGGGGCUGGGCCACCCCGUGCUGCUCCCUGGAGGCUGGACAAGGCUGGGAUUGUUCCCUGGCUCCCCUUUGUCUCCCCACUCCCCGCCCAGGCCUGGCCCCUCUCCUCCAUCAGCCUGGCUGGCAGCAGCCUCGGACUCCGCCCGUGGAGCCCUGGGCCUGCUGACCCACCAGCUUAGGAGCACCCGCCAAGCUCUGGGUAAGGAAGCUCACCUUCUGGGGCUCUGACACCACCUCUCUGGGGAAAUAGAGGUAAAGCACCUUGCUCCAGCCGUCCCUCCCCCAUUCCCACAGCAACUGCACACACCCCACUCCAGAGAUCUCCAAACCCUACUACUAAGGGAAGGCACCGUGAGGGGAGCUAGACCCCAGUGUAUUCCUCACUCCUUCCCCAGAUAGAUGGGCAGCACUCAGGAUAGGGGAGAACUCCCCCAUCCCACUUGUGGGAGCAAGCAAAGGAUACCCUGGGAGGCCCUCAUCCAUCUUUGUUCUGCUGGGGUGCAGGGACUAGGGCCAGGUUUGCCCUGUGCCCAGCAGGGUCUCCAGCACCCAUCUCAGGGGCAGAGGCUGGGGGGUGACUGCUGGUGCAAGCCCCAGAGUGCAUGCAGCAAAAACACAGAUGCAUUGCUGGUGGCAGGAAGAGGAGGGACUAGGCUCUAGAGUUGCUGCAAAGUUUUGGCCUGGGUUGGUGGGGGGAGUGUCCUAGUCCUCCUCCUGGGGCAGCUCCGCCUGCCCAGCUGGCCCAGCCCCUCCACUUGUGCCAAGGAAUGUGCCGGGAGAGGCCAGCAGGGCAGCAGAGCCGCGGCCACCUGGAGGCAGUGCACAGGUCAACGUGGAGGUGCCAGGCCACCAUGCUCAGUCUCAAGCUGCCCCAACUUCUUCAAGUCCACCAGGUCCCCCGGGUGUUCUGGGAAGAUGGCAUCAUGUCUGGCUACCGCCGCCCCACCAGCUCGGCUUUGGACUGUGUUCUCAGCUCCUUCCAGAUGACCAACGAGACGGUCAACAUCUGGACUCACUUCGUGCCCACCUGGUACUUCCUGUGGCGGCUCCUGGCGCUGGCGGGCGGCCCCGGCUUCCGCGCGGAGCCGUACCACUGGCCGCUGCUGGUCUUCCUGCUGCCCGCCUGCCUCUACCCUUUCGCGUCGUGCUGCGCGCACACCUUCAGCUCCAUGUCGCCCCGCGCGCGCCACAUCUGCUACUUCCUGGACUACGGCGCCCUCAGCCUCUACAGCCUGGGCUGCGCCUUCCCCUAUGCCGCCUACUCCAUGCCGGCCUCCUGGCUGCACGGCCGCCUGCACCAGUUCUUUGUGCCUGCCGCCGCACUCAACUCCUUCUUGUGCACCGGCCUCUCCUGCUACUCCCGUUUCCUGGAGCUGGAAAGCCCUGGGCUCAGUAAGGUUCUCCGCACAGCAGCCUUCGCCUAUCCCUUCCUGUUCGACAACCUCCCACUCUUUUAUCGGCUCGGGCUGUGCUGGGGCAGGGGCCACAGCUGUGGGCAGGAGGCCCUGAGCACCAGCCAUGGCUACCACCUCUUCUGUGCGCUGCUCACUGGCUUCCUCUUCGCCUCCCACCUGCCUGAAAGGCUGGCACCAGGACGCUUUGACUACAUCGGUGAGGGCACGCCUGGCCCGGCCCGGGAAGAGGCAGGGGCAGAUGGCUUCCCAGAGCACAGAAUGAACUGGGCCACAGCCACCAGCUAUUCCACAUCUGUGCAGUGCUGGGCACCCACUUCCAGCUGGAGGCAGUGCUGGCUGAUAUGGGAUCGCGCAGAGCCUGGCUGGCCACACAGGAACCUGCCCUGGGCCUGGCAGGCACAGUGGCCACACUGGUCUUGGCUGUAGCCGGGAACCUACUCAUCAUUGCUGCUUUCACAGCCUCCCUGCUUCGGGCCCCCGGUACAUGCCCUCUGCUGCAGGGUGGCCCACUGGAGGGGGGUGCUCAGGCCAAACAACAGUGAAGCCCCAUCCCUGACCCUGCCCUGGAGGGGGCAGAGGCCAGGCCCCCGUGCUGAGGAGGAGCCCAGACUUGGGCCUAAUCAGGUGGGGACACAUCUCAGCUUGGAACCAACAGGCGCUGAGGAGAGAGGGCACAGGAGAGAGGGCAGAGGAGAGGAGGGGUGUCUAGGGGGAAUGGCAGAGUGUGACAGGGACUGUGAGGGGGCUCUUGAUGGGAGUAGAGGAAGUGCUGAGGGUCUUGAGAGGGGAGAUGCAUGCGUGUCCAGGCUGAAGAUGCCCCCACACUCUGUCAAAGGUUGGGGCCAGGAGGUGUUGGGGUCCUUUCAUCUGGCUCCAUUUCUGGUGCUCCUGAAGUCUCUGCUCAGCACAGGGAAGAACUAACACGACUAACCUAGGCCUACCCCAAAUGCUUCUUGCUAACCAGGCCGAGAGGCCACACACUUGCCCCCCAUCCCCACAAACUAGGUAAUGCCAGUUUGCCAGCAGCUAUUUGCCUAUAGAGAUGAGUCUGUCCUGGUCAUAACUGUGUACUCAAGGUGUCCAGGCUUUUGGGGGUGGGCCUAUCUGGGUGCAUUAUGGAUGGUUCAGUGGAUUGAGGUAUGGGGAGGAGGGUCCUAGGCUAGAGGGGGGAUCCCUAGUUGAGACUUUAGGAAGCCACCUUCAAUGUUUUCUGGAACAAGGCAGGUACAAAUAAAAAAAUAAAACUUUGGAAAGCA